AUGUCCUCGGGUGCAGUUGCGCUUUGCAAACACUUUGAGCGUGGUGGUGCAUCUUCAGAGCAUGGCCGAGCACACCCAUUCUGGACCCUGCCAACGGGGAGCAACGAGAACAAGACGGAAAUCGCAAGGGGAAUAUUGGAGGACAUGCUUGUACAAGCAGUCUGGAGGAAUGUGAUGCUGUUGCACCAUGGAGUAGCUGUGUACGAGAUUAGGAAUGCACGAGGAUAUGGGAUGAGGUGGACACUGGAUAUUGAAGAGAGGAAAGACGUUCAGACGUCAGCCGCCAACGGAGACACCCCUAUCCAGAAUGAAGAGGAUGAUUUCCACAAGGACUGGGUGAUCAUCAAGACGACGUUUCGCGGGUUCUUGGAGCCUAUCGCUGGAAUGGAUCACGAGCUGCCCGGACAAGACGCGAGCACAGCUGAGGAGUCGUUACAACCCCAGGGGAAGCUGCGUACAGAGGAGAAAGAUUGCUGA